AUGCCAAGCGAUUCCUGCUGGCCGUCAGUGGGAGACUGGUCGCAGUUCAAUUCCAGUGUCGGUGGACGACUGAUCAAGACUGUUCCCCUGGCUGCGCCCUGUUUUGGCCCUAAUUACAAUGCCACCGAGUGUCAGUAUCUCAGGGACCAGUGGACGCAGCCUGCACUACAUGAUGCGUCUUCCUCAUCCAUCAUGGCUGCUGCCGUAGCCAACGAAAGCUGUGAUCCAUUUGCUUCACCCUCCAGUUCCUGCCAGCUCGGCAACAUGGUAUCUUAUGCUGUCAAUGUCUCCUCACCAGACGAGAUUGUUCGUACCAUAGCCUACGCAGCUGAGAAGAAUAUUCGACUUGUCAUCCGCAACACGGGACAUGACUAUCUGGGAAAGAGUACAGGAGCCGGGGGUCUCUCGAUCUGGACCCAUCACAUGAAGAACAUUACGGUGCACAACAACUACACCUCCCCACACUAUACCGGUCCCGCAGUCACCAUUGGUGCGGGCGUGCAAGGUGAAGAGGUCUACGCCGCGCUGCACAAGUACAACCUGGUGAUGGUCGGCGGAGAAUGCGCCACCGUUGGUCCAGCCGGAGGAUACACACAGGGCGGCGGGCAUUCGGCACUCAGCUCGCGAUUUGGACUAGCCGCCGAUCAGACCUUGGAGUGGGAGGUAGUGGAUGGCAGCGGUCAACAACUCCGGGCGUCGCCCACAGAGAACCCUGAUCUGUACUGGGCCCUCAGCGGCGGCGGCGGCGGCACGUAUGGCGUCGUCACCUCGAUGACAGUCAAGGUGUUCCCCGACUUCCCCACCGUCGGGGUAGUACUCGAAUUCGACGCCGACGCCAGCAACCUGGACCCCUUCUACCAAGCGGUGGACUACUAUCACUCAAUGGUCCCGAGUCUAACAGCAGCCGGGGGCAUGGCCAUCGCCCGUGUGAUGAACUCCUCGUUCCUACUGACGCCCCUGACGCUCCCCAGCACCACCGCCCAGCGCGCGCUCGAGCUGAUCAGCCCUUUCACCGACAAGCUCGACCAGCUCAACAUCACAUACGCGAUGAACCUCACCCACUCGCCCUCGUACGUGGAUCACUACAACACCCUGAUCGAGCCCAACCCUACCCAGCUGGUAUACAACGGCCAGUACGGCGGCAAGCUGAUCCCGCUGUCGGUUGUCGAGCAAUCAAAUUCCAACCUGACGGCCGCAGUCCGGAACAUCACGCAAGACGGCGCUGUCUUCGUCAGUAUUGCACUUAACGUUUCGUCCGCAGUGACGGGCAGCACUAACAACUCGGUCCUGCCCUCUUGGCGGACAGCCGCAAUGGACGUUAUUCUGUCAACAUCCUGGCCCGAGCACGCCCACCUCGGAAAAAUGAAACAACUCGCUAACCAGAUGACCGAGAAAUGGGUGCCGAUGCUAGAGGCUCUGACGCCGGAUCCGGGCUGCUAUAUGAACGAGGCCGACCCACAACAGCCAAACUGGCAGGAAGCGUUCUACGGGCCCAAUUACAACCGUCUGUUGGCUAUUAAGAAACAGUACGACCCGCAGGAUACUUUCUAUGCGCCGACGGCCGUGGGGAGUGAUAGUUGGGUGCAGGAGGCGGAUGGGCGGUUAUGUCGGGCGAUUUCGUCUUAG